CAGAGGUGUUAGGAUGACAUGUUAAAAAGUACUUAUUGAAGAUAGAUUAUUGUGGAAACCACAGGUAUAAUGGGCUUGCCUGAGCACAAAGGUGCAGUGAUUUGAUUAAAGUUGCAGAUUGAAAUAUCAUGGACAGAAAAUAGUUUGGAUGAUGUGUUCUGCCAGCAUAUCUCUGCAGUUCUAGUGUUAACAAUGGACAAGUGUAAGCACAUAGGACGUCUGCGACUGGCCCAAGAUCACUCCAUUCUGAAUCCUCAGAAAUGGCACUGCAGGGACUGCAAUACCACGGAGUCGGUGUGGGCAUGCCUCAGCUGCUCCCACGUGGCCUGUGGAAGAUACAUUGAAGAACACGCACUAAAGCACUUUCAGGAGAGCAGUCACCCGGUGGCGUUGGAAGUAAACGAGCUGUAUGUUUUCUGCUAUCUCUGCGACGAUUAUGUUCUGAAUGAUAACGCAACCGGCGAUUUAAAACUGUUGCGAAGUACGUUAAGUGCAAUCAAGAGUCAAAACUAUGAGUGCACUACUCGAAGUGGCAGGACUUUGCGCUCAGCGGGGGCGAGUGAUGAUUCCUACCUUUCCCAUGGGGGUGCCCAGGCCUUGCUUCGGAGUGCAGAUCGCAUGUUCACGGCGCUCUGGCACCGGCGGCGCGCGCUGCUGGGCAAAAUAUUCAGAUCCUGGCUUGAGUUGACACCUGCUGGAAAAAAGAUGAUGGAGGAAGAAAGGCGUCGGGAAGAAGCAGAGGAAAGACGGGAAAAAGCUAGGAAAAGAAGACAAGAACGAAAGCGUGAGUUGAAAGCAGAGAUGGAAAAGAUGCCUCCAAGAAAGAGUAGUCGUUUACAAAAUCAGAUUAGAAUGUCCUCAAAACCAGCAACCUGCCUGCAAAAACCACCACAGAACGUGGAAUCGGUGGCAGAACUGAAAGAAACGUAUACCUCAGAUGAAAUAAGGUUGAAAAAAAUAAGUGACUCUCCAAUUAAACGAAGGCCUACAGUGACUCCUGGGGUAACAGGACUGAGAAACCUGGGAAAUACAUGCUAUAUGAAUUCUAUCCUGCAGGUAUUAAGUCACUUACUUAUUUUUCGAGAAUGUUUUCUAAAGCUUGAUCUCAACCAAACUCAGGAACUGCUGGCAACAGCAACCAAUGGUAAAACCAGAUCUUCAUCUAAACACCUGUCAGUAGCUGCCUCAACAUUACAUGUGAAUGAGAACCAAGAGAAAGUAAAGGGGUCAUCUUCCAUGAGGCGGCCUAGUUUAUCCUCUGGAUUAAGUGGAGGAGCAUCAAAAAGCAGAAAUAUGGAACUUAUUCAGCCCAGGGAGCCCAGUUCAAAGCAUAUUUCUCUCUGUCAUGAGCUACAUACUCUGUUCCAAGUUAUGUGGUCUGGCAAAUGGGCGCUGGUGUCUCCUUUUGCCAUGCUUCAUUCUGUGUGGAGACUAAUUCCAGCCUUCAGAGGAUAUGCCCAACAAGAUGCUCAGGAAUUUCUCUGUGAACUUUUGGAUAAAGUGCAGCAGGAACUGGAGACUACGGGGACCAGAUACUCAGCUCUCAUCCCUGCUUCUCAAAGAAAACUUAUAAAACAGGUUUUGAAUGUGGUUAACAACAUUUUUCAUGGACAGCUAUUAAGUCAGGUUACAUGUCUUGCCUGUGACAAUAAAUCAAAUACCAUAGAACCUUUCUGGGACUUGUCCUUGGAGUUUCCUGAGAGGUACCACUGCAACGGCAAGGAGAUGUCAUCUCAGUAUCCAUGUCUGCUGACAGAAAUGCUGGCCAAGUUUACAGAAACGGAAGCUUUGGAAGGAAAGAUAUAUGCAUGUGAUCAGUGCAACACAAAACGAAGGAAGUUUUCUUCUAAACCAGUUAUACUCACAGAAGCUCAGAAGCAGCUAAUGGUGUGUCGACUACCUCAGGUUCUCAGAUUACACCUUAAACGGUUCAGGUGGUCGGGACGCAAUCACCGUGAGAAGAUUGGCGUACACGUUAAUUUUGAUCAAAUGCUGAACAUGGAGCCUUAUUGCUGCAGAGAAUCCCUCAAGUCGCUCCUACCUGACUGCUUCAUCUACGACUUGUCUGCUGUGGUCAUGCAUCACGGGAAAGGAUUUGGCUCAGGGCACUACACUGCCUACUGCUACAAUUCAGAAGGAGGAUUUUGGGUACACUGCAAUGAUUCGAAACUCAACACGUGCACUAUGGAAGAAGUAUGCAAGGCUCAAGCUUACAUUUUGUUUUACAGCCAACGACUUACUCAGGCAAAUGGACGUGGUAAAAUACCAUGUCCUAGCACAGCUGAAAGUCAGCAGCACACAGACUUAGCUGACUGUUCCAUGGACAACAGUAGCAGCUAAUCCAAAGCCAGUUAACUGUGUGUAGAGUGAAAGUUGUAUUGUCAUCACUAUAUAUUUUUAAGUGAAAUGAAAUGGAAGUACAGUAUUGUACUUUUUUACUUUGAAUCCAUGUACAAUGUUUAUAUACUUUUGUAUUAGUUUAAGUAAUCUUUACAAUUGUUAGUAAAAGUUUUUAUUGACAGUAAGUAACUUUCUAAGUACCUAGAAUUUCAAUACAGCUAUUUUUUUAAGAAAAAGUUUGCCAUUUGCAUUUAACUCUUACCUCAGGCUGUUUUUUUAAGCUGGUUUUUGUAUUUUGAGAAUCUUAUUGAAUUGGUUUAGAAAAAUGACUUUCAAUGGGCAACUGAUGUUUCUUUGGUUAAUUUUCUAUAUAUGCUUGUGUACAUUUAAUAGUAUAGUUCUAAUGAUACCAUGAUUCUUACUGUCUGCAGGAAUUGCUACUAGGUCUUAGAAUAGUGACAUUCACCAGCAACGAAUGUUUUCCAUGUCAAAAAGUAACUGA